AACCCUCUCCUCACGUUCAGUUCACCCCAAGCUAUCACUGCGGUCGGUCGGUUGCAAAGCACACGUUCUCCAUCACCGAUUACACGCGUGUACAUAGCAACACGCUGUCGAUGGGUUUGCUUAUACGUUCGAGUUCGACUCGGUGUUCGACUCGCCGCUAACAACGAUGCUCGCUGCCUGUCGAUCGGGUUCGUUCGUCGCCGACUCGAUGAGAAUACGAAGACGCGGUUGAAACGAUUCUGUUUCGAGCCUUCGCGAUACCAAGCGAAACACCGGAAUUCAAUCGAUCCAUGGUGGAUCGUGAAUCUCACCGAUAUCCUGAUGCAAAAAUCCGCAAGGGUCUCCGUUCUCACUGAACACAAGUGGAAAGUGUUGCGGUGGUUGUCGCAGUGGCUCUGAAGAUUGUUAUUUACCAAACAGCCUCGGCGGAACCAGUUACACGCAUAGGAGAAAACGCGUGGCGGUCUCUGCUCCGACAUCUAGCUUCCUUAAUGUAAUUGAUUUAAGCCACGGCCACGACCGCGACGGUGAGCUCUCUUGCGACGAUGAGACGCAAAUCCCAGGUCGCGCCUUCUUGCUUCUUGCUGCUGUCGCUGUCGAUCGCCUCGACCUACAUCGUCCCUGUCGCUGGUCAUAAACACACGAGGCGACACCGAGACUUCACAGCGGCCGAAAGCUACGAUGUGUCAUCGUCCAGGAUCGACAGCCCCUCGAUGACGAUAUCGCCGGCGAUCGAUCGAUCCUCCCUAACCGAGGAGUCAUACUUCCCUGAAAUUGAUCCCUGCGCAAAGAAAUAUUGCGGGCCCGGAAGGGAAUGCGAGCGUUCGCCCAACGGCACCGUGGCCCUUUGCGGCUGUGUGCGAAAAUGUCCACGAAGGCAUCGACCUGUUUGCGCGAGCAACGGACAAAUCUAUACCAAUCAUUGCGAACUCCACAAAGCGGCCUGCAUCUCUGAGUCUCCUCUGACCAGAAGCAGACUCGUGAGAUGUCUCCACCACGAUAUCGAAAACGCGCACACACGAAGGACCAUGCACGCGAACCGAACGUCACCCAAGCCUGAGAACAUCGUCUCUUAUCCGAGAGCCAGGGAUCACGAGAAGGAUGACUUGAAAGAUAACUUGAUCCCGGAGAAGGACGAUUUCGACUCGAAAGGCUGCACGAACCAGGAAUACGAAAUAAUGAAGGAUAAUUUGCUUCUCUAUAACCACGCGAGAUUAAUGGCCCAAGAUAACCAUAGCAAGGAAUACCUUGUCAGUAUAAUGUUUUCGCACUACGAUCGGAAUAACAACGGGAACUUGGAACGCGAGGAGUUGGACCAGAUCGCGGAGAACGAAGAUUUAGAAGAGCUGUGCAAAGGCUGCAGUCUGGGACACAUGAUCAGUUACGACGACGCGGACGGCGAUGGGAAACUGAACGUGAACGAAUUUUACAUGGCGUUCAGUAAACUGUACAGCGUUUCGGUAGUGUCUCUCGAUAAAUCUCUCGAGGUGAAUCACAUAUCCGCGCGAGUGGACGAUAACGUUGAAAUCAAGUGCGAUGUCACCGGUACACCGCCACCGCCAUUGGUGUGGCGACGGAACGAAGCCAAUCUGGAAACUCUGAACGAGCCUGAGAUACGAGUGUUCAGCGACGGCAGUCUCUACCUAACGAAAGUGCAGCUGAUGCACGCUGGAAAUUAUACCUGCCACGCCAUCAGGAACCAGGACGUCGUGCAAACACACGUACUGACAAUACAUACUGUCCCCGAGGUGAUAGUAACGCCGCGGUUACAAUCGAAACGCUUGGGAGAAGAGGCGAUCGUAAAAUGUCACGUGGCCGGUGAGCCUCUGCCGCAGGUAGAGUGGCUGAAGAAUGACGAACCUUUGAACCUCGAGCAACCGGGCAAAUACGAUCUCAUUGGCAACGGCACCAAACUGAUCGUCAAGUCUAUCGAUUACGCCGACACCGGAGCCUACAUGUGCCAAGCGAGCAGCGUCGGUGGUGUCACCAGAGACAUCAGCAGUCUUGUCGUUCAAGAACAACCUACGUCCACAGCCGCAAGCGAGGAGCGCAGGUUCUUCUCUUUCCACGAAUGGGGCAUUUUGGUGUACGAGCCUUCCACGUGUCGGCCACGACACGAGAUUCGAUCGACGGACGUUAUUCCUGGAACUCAAGAACGCGUUUGCGGAAUCACAGAUGUUCCGUGCUCCUGGGGACGUGCCAUUAACGUUGCAAACCGGUACGUUUACGUCAGCCAACCCGACAAAGACCGGGUACUGGUUAUUAGCAAGAUACAAAUGGUUAUAGUAGAUGUGAUACCCACUGAUAAGAAUCCUGUUCAACUCUGGUACGUAGCUUCCCUCGAUCAAGUGUGGCUAUUAAAUUGGCGAAAUGAAAAGGACAUCGGUGUGAAAACGGUACAAGUGAUCGAGGAUGCUGGUCAGAAGAAGAAACACAAGGCUAUCCGACCGGAGCCAAUCGAUGCACAGUUUGAUAUCAUCGAAAACAUUUAUAUAGCAGAACCACAAGAUAUCGAUCAUCCAUUCAAGUACGGUUACGUGAGUCACACGGACCAACGCAGCAUGUACAAGCUCGAUCUAAAGAACAUGAAAUACACGCGUGUCGCUGAUUUCAGUUCUUACAAUUGCGUUCCAAAGAACGUCCAAUUCUCGGUUCUUUAUGGUUUUGUGAUAAUCGAAUGUCGGGAACCAGUUACCAAUCGUCCGACGGGUCAACUACUGUUGGAUUAUCUCACCGACACAGUUCUUGUUCACAAACCGAAACUCCUAGGACGGCCAACGAUAUCGCCCGAUUCCAGGCACCUUGUCACCUUAGACAAACAAGACACAGGCGUGACUCUGGUCGUGCAAGAAAUAUCAUCUGAAGGCUUAAAAUUCGCAUUUGACGUGAAGACGACAUUGAAUAUCAGCGACAUCGCCCUUUAUCCGUCACAGACGACGCACGGUUAUGACAUCUAUGCGUCAUCCAUCGACAAAGAGGACAUCCUCUUCCUCGAUUUGUCCACUGGCAAAGUUGAAAUGAUAACAGGUGUAGGAAAAGCCACGCCGCCAAAUUUAACCAAAUGGGGAAACCCGAACAGACCGAUCGUACAAAGCGGCGUGUUUGGCAAAUACAUGGUCAGUCCAUCAAACGACGCGCUCUUUAUCCUGAACGGUGAAACCCGAACGAUAAACUGCGAAAUCGGUGGCCUAGUACAUCCCGGAGCAGUGGUAUGGUUUACAGUAUCUUUACGUUAAACAAUCGAAAAUUCUGGCAACGAUACGCAGAACGUCUAGAUAGAUAACAAUAGCGAAAUACUGGGAUACAGAUAUCGUGCAUCGUCGCAUUCUUUCAUCGAGAAGAUAGUGUAAACGGUUUUCGGUGUUCAUUCUUUCUUUCUUUUGAUUCUUUAAAUUAGACGAAGAUGCGGUUCAAAGAAAUUUUCAGUAAUAUAUUCAAACACCGACACCAUUAUUCGUCGUUAUCGUUAAACCAUUAAGAAUUUUCCGGUACCGAUCUUCAGUAAUUAUGCCGCAUUUGCGACACCAUCGUGCGAACAUUUUGAUCGUUAUUAUAAACGCGAACAUUUGCUCGCGAAACGUUAUCGAUAAGACUUUUUAAUGUACAUACAUACAAAAGAUCGUCUUUUACAUACAGUUAAUGUACCUAAUCGUUACUCUAUCGGUGGCCUUAGUUUUCCUCAAUUUUCGUAUAUCCUCCAUGUUUGUAUCUAUAUAUUUCUAACCUUUUUUUUUUAAACUUUUAAACUAGAACAGUUUUCGCGGUAUUUUCGCCCGAAUGAAUAGCCAUCUAGCGUUUAAGAAACCGAACUAAUUUUCGGAGUUUGGUCAGCGCUUCUAUCGGGAAAACGCUCAAGUUUGUCCUUGAUAGUUCCUUUUUUGACUGUUAGAUGGCGCCACUUACACUGUUCUUUUUUUACCGACAUGAUGGUAAUUUACCACAGGUCGGUAAAAAUCCGCGAGAAUGGCGCCAUCUAGCAGUUAGAAAAGGAACUAAUCGAGAACACACUUGAGCCUUUUCCCGAUAGAGGCGCUGAUCAUACUCAGAAAAUAGUUCGGCAUGUUCACCGCUAGAUGGCGACACCGAUUUCCCGCGGGAAAUUCGAAUUUCUUUUUAUGCGGAUUUAGUGAUUACUUUAAAACAUGAUUCGUAAGUUUUACGUUGAUUUGGUACUCGAAACCAAAACAUAAAAACGUUUAUUGUGGGCUGUCUUUUAAAGAUAUAUAUAUAUAUGUCGCGGACAUUUUUGUUGAACUUUUUAUGCUCAAUAAUUCUUCCGUAAACUGUUUAGAGAUAUCUUUAAGCGUGAGCAAAGAAGUUUUUUCGUCACUAGCUUCGUUAAAAUUCGUAUCGUAUUCGGCUCCCUUUUAUCAUAGAAUAAUGUUUCAUAAACGUAUACCUUCCUUGAGAAAUGCUUCAUAAUAGUGAAAACCGCAUAAAAACCCGUCAAAUGGUUCUGGAGAUUAGCCCGAACAAACAGACAGACGCCUACCAGGAACUUUAUUUUAAUAUUAUGUAGGGAUAUUUCGAAUAAAUUUUCAAUGGCUAUAAACUAUACAACUAGUUUCCGAGACAGCGAUCCAUGAUAUUCGUUAUAUCGUACUAUCUAAUACAGAUAGUAAAUUUAACACACGGUUUUACUGAUACCUGAAAAACUUGGGAACCUGACGUUUUUAUUUACAACGACACAGUUGAAAUUCUUUUGAAACGAUGUUGGGAGUCAAUAAUAUAUUAUGAUAUAUAUAGUCAAUAUAUAUAUAUUAUUAUAUAUUGCUAGCUAAUUAAUUGAUUAGAAAUCGAAGAAUAAUCACUUACAAGAUCCGAGUGAACACAAAAAUAUAGUACAGUAUAGUCAUCUCUAAUUGGGGCGAGAAUUUUUACAAUAAAACGUUCGAACGUGUAGGAUGACGAUAUUAUAAUACAGUUAUCGGGCCACAAAUAGCACACUGACAACGGGUAUGAUGAUUAUGUAUUAUACGCAUGCGUGUUUCAUCUUUGUGCGCGUGCGUGUGUGUAUGUGUGUGUGAAUACGAGCAUUAAUAUAUACAUAUAUACAUGUAUACAUAUACAUAAAUAUAUAUACAUAUAUUUAUGUAUACAUAUAUAACAAGUAAAAUGAAUAUCUUGUAACAAAAUUACAACAAAACUAAUUUAAUAAAUAAUCUGCAAAUACAACGUUCGUUUUUGCUACGCAAUGUACAUGCAGAUUACAAAUAGAUGUUAGCAGUCUUGUAUCCGUUCGAGUAAAAAUGAAACGAUGAUACAGUGAAUGUUUACAAUCUAUCGUUAAACGGGCAUAUUUUUAAGUGUCUUCUAGUCGUAACGUUCACCUUUUAUUCGCUAAUAAAUUACGUCUGUUCAAAA